ACACAUCAGUCUUUCUUAUUGUUUUUCAAAGAAUCGUAGUUCGCGCGCUCAGCUCAGAUGUCGCGGUCGCAAUCGUCUGUCAGCUGUCUGUUGUCAGCUGUUUGUCAGCUGUUGUAAACACACCUCUAGCAGCUGUAUGUGAACUCUCAGAUCGUAAAAGUGACCUAUUUUCAAGAUGUAAAACUAAGAUUUAUCUCUUUUAAGUAGAGCCUUACUGAUCACGAUCGCACGAUCAGUCAUUUAAUAUGUCGUCUCCAUUGAUAAACCUCUGUAACCCUGUCUUUAAGACUGUUGUCACAUGCGACACGAUAAGCAGUGAAGGUUACGAAGCCACCAAUCUCGUGUCAGAAGACUGUCAAAAGAGAAAAAAUGGAUUUUUGAGUGACCGUUUCAUUAAACCUCCAGUAGAAAUCACAUUGAAAUUUCCAUUUGAUGUGAACAUAAGAUAUAUACAAGUUGGAGCAGUUGUGGGGCAACAGAAGUCAAGUGGUUUGGAAUUCCAUUCCUCCUCAGUACCCUACAACUCUUCCUUGUGUUCUGGAUGCCCUGCAAACAAACAGUCUAAGGGUGGAUUAAUUUGCUCCCCUACUGCUGAGCGAAUAGGUUCCAUUGUUCUUAAUGAUAACGAGAGAGGAGUUAUCUUUUUUUGUCCUUUACAAUAUGGUCGGCAAAAUCCCAAUCCAGUUCCCAAUGUUGGACCAGAUUUCAUUCAAAGAUCAAUGAUGUGGAAGAAGCGAUCAGUAAUUGCGCAUACAUCCUCAUUAACUUUACGCAUCUUUAAGACUUGUGGAUCUUCUAUACCUGCCAUUAGCAGCAUAGAAAUAUGGGGUGGCCCAAGCACAUGCGUGCCUGCUAGCCAGGUUUCAGACAUAAUGAAGUUAUGGAAAUCAUCACAGGAAGAAUUGAAGUGUGAGGAAAAUGAAGGCACUGCCAUGCAAGAUGUUCCCCUCUUUCCAGAUAUAACUGGUAGGAAGCUUCACGAGUCUGUGAUUGGAGAUAUUCCUGACGAAUUUUUUGAUGCAAUUACAUGGGAAAUUAUGGCUUUGCCUAUGGUGUUGCCGAGUGGAAAGGUUGUUGACCAACAAACAUUAGACCUCCAUGCUCAGGCAGAAGCUAAUUGGGGUCGCCAUCCAGGAGACCCAUUUACCGGAAUCAUGUUUAGUGAAGGAUGUCGACCUGUCUUGGAUACAGCCCUCAAGGCUAGAAUUGACCGCUUCUUAGUACUUAAUCAAGACAGAAAAGACCUAAAAACAAUUCCUCGGACAGUUGGCCGCGUCCAACCUCAGAUUUGUCAUCAAACUGUCAGUAGAUUUCGGAAUACACGUGUAUGCUUUGAUUCAGCUGCUGUCAAUAGAAAACAUUCUCUUACCAGAACUUCAAGUAUUGUGUAUUCUCAAGGAGAGAGGCAAGUCAGUGAUUCAACACCUCCUCCUGUCAGCAUCCCAAGCUGCAGCACUCAUCCCAGACCAACUGAGCCAGACGACCAAACAGAGAGUCUAACAAAGAGACCUAAGUUAUCUGAUAUGUCAUGUGUUUCUUCAGUGAAAAGUAGUAUUUCUGACAUUGAUCUCACUGUGGAUGAUACAACUGGUAAUCAUUUGGAUAAUCUUAAAUCCCAUGAGAAAAAACUAGAUGAUAGUUUAGACUCAGCACUGAAAGCAGUUUUAUCAGGUCUACCAUCAUUUGUCAAUAUCCCUUCUCCUAAAAGUAUUGUUAAAGAGUGUGCAUCUUGUAAAAUUCUAGCAAGUUUAUAUUGUUUACCAUGCUCUCAUUUUUUGUGUCGCCCAUGUUUGGUAAAAGAAAACAAGCAGAAACCUUCCAAUUGUCCAUCUUGUCAAGUGGAGUUCAAAUCUUCUGAUCCUGUUUUCCAUCAUGAUUGAUAUUGAUGCCUCAAAUACCCCACAAAGUACCCAAUGAACCCUAAAGUUCAACAAAUUUGGGAAUUCCUGCUUUGUUGCAGAUUUAUAAAGCCCGUGCAUGUGUUCUGAAUCUCUUCUUGCCUUUUGAACGACAAUUUUUCCCAAAAAAUAAAUCUGGUGGAGGACCUUGCUGUGUUGUUUUUAGUAAAUUUAUCUGUGAUAAUGUGUAUUGAAAAAUAGUUGAACUAUUUUGUUAUUAUAUAUUCAAGAAUAGACUGAAAUACGUAUUUUGUUUAUCACAAAAUGGUAUAUUUUCCUACUGAUGGCUUAUGUCACUUUAUUAUUUCGUCUGAUGUGUUGUGUACUUCAAAACUCACAGCACAAUUGAAAUAAAGCAAGAGUUUAUGAGUUAUAAUUCUUAA